GGUUAAUGUUCGCUCAACUAUUUCAUAUAUCCGGUGCCCGAGGUCUCAACUGAAACUUCGGGUUUCGCCAUGUGAUAAAAGCAAUGAUUGCAAACGCAUAAAUAGGUGGUUCCUGCAGGGCUUCAGCAGUCGGACUGUCCCGGGUUUCGUGCUAAGUGUCCAGUGGAGUCCAUGACAGAGCGCAUAGGAAUGCAGCAGAACGGGAAGUCCUGAUUUUUGUUUAGAGAAGAAGCAGAGUAUGGCCCUGCAGGAGUCUCCAUUUCCUAAUUGUUUUGUCGCAGGCAUCCAUGCUGUGGGAUGGGCAUUGAUCCUGCCUUGUUUCUUGUCUCUUGAUCGUGCCAUUGCUGUGUGCAAGCCCACCACCCAGGAACAAGCUGAGCAACGGAAGCAGAAAUGCAAUGUCCACCCCCUCAAGGUCUUCUUUGGCGCCAUCUUCUUCUUCAUUCUUUUUCUCGCAACAGCCCCCUUGGCCUUUUUAGGCUUUCUGCUCUGGGCACCACUUCAGGCCUGCCGCAGACCCUUCUGCUAUCACAGAGAGACACCAUCCUCACCAGAGAGGGAGACACACAAGGGCUUUGAGCUGGAAGGAAAGGCGUCAUUUGGCUUUGCAGCAGCCAACCUAUGUCUUUUACCUGACAGCCUGGCUCGCUUCAACAACCUUGCAAACACUCAGCACAGGGCUACAGCUAUUGGCCAGCGUAUUGUGCAGGGUGUGGGUCGACCCCAUAUUCGCAUAUUUGUUGACUCCCCCAGCAGUUGUGGUACUCUCAGUCCCUCUAGCAGUAUACUCGCCACAGGUAACUCAAGUACAUAUGGUGCCACAGAUAGACAGGUGCAGCCUUUGGCGAGUCACCAUUCAGAGAGAGACUCAGCUGAAGCACAUGUUUCAAUCCCAAAGUCCAUUAGCCGGGUAGUUUUUGUGCCCUGUGAUGACACAAAAGAGACCUCUAGUGAAUCACCAUCCACCCUCAACUCCAAUGAGAGCUCCAACCAGCAGGACCGAAUGGGCCACCGGAGUGCUCCCCGUGCUUUGCUCUCUCAGGGUCUCCGCCAGCAGGAUGAUGUACCGUGGGAAGUGUCAUCGUUAUUUUCAGCCAAUGUAGACAUACUGUGCCUAGAGGAAGUGUUUGAUAAGAGAGCUGCACAGAAACUUGUCAAUUCACUGAGACCGGUGUAUGGACACAUACUUUAUGACGUUGGUGUGUAUGCCUGCCAGCCACCAUGCAGAUGUUCUUCCUUCAAGUUCUUGAACAGUGGCCUGUUCUUUGCCAGUCGAUUCCCGGUGCUGGAAGCCCAGUACCACUGCUAUCCAAACGGCCGAGGGGAAGAUGCACUGGCCUCCAAAGGCCUCCUUUCUGUUAAGGUGCUAAUUGGGCAGAAUCGAAAACAGGAGAAAGUGGUUGGCUAUUUUAACUGUACACACCUUCAUGCACCAGAGUGUGAUGGGGAAAUUCGCUGUGAGCAGUUGAAAAUGGUGACGAAGUGGAUCAGUGAUUUUCAAGCUGCAAGCAGACAGUCUGAUGAGCACGUUGUUUUUGAUGUGCUCUGUGGAGAUUUCAACUUUGACAACUGCUCACCUAAUGACUCCCUGGAACAGAAUCACUCUCUGUUUGAUGAAUACAAAGACCCCUGCAGGGCAGGUCCUGGAAAAGAGAAACCCUGGGCCAUUGGUACUCUACUGAAGCAGCCCAAAUUGUAUGAUGAUCAUGUAAACACCCCAGAAAAUCUUCAAAGAACUUUGGAGAGAGAGGAGCUGAGAAAGCUUUACAUCUCCCCCCCUGUUCUUAGAGAUGGUCAGCCAAUGGUUUACCCUGAACCUGGGCAGCCGUGGAUAGGAAGACGGAUUGACUAUAUCUUGUUCCGUGAAACCUCCAUUUCAAAACACUGCCAAACAGAAAUUGAAGAAGUGUCGUUCAUUACCCAGCUGGCUGGCCUUACGGACCAUGUUCCUGUGGGCAUGAGACUGAAUGUACUAAUGGACUGUGACUCUACUGAUUAAUGAGGACUAAUGCAAAAAAUGUGUCGUGUUCAAAGGGAACAAAAUGUACAGAGACGUACAUUGCUCUACAGGGACAACAAUGAUUUGUUUACAUGUUUUAAAUUGUGAUUUCAAUGACAAUGUACUAAAAUAAUAACUCAGGUGGCAUUAAUAUGAUUUUAUUGAUAUUUCAUAAUGUAUACGAUUUUAUACAUUAAGACCUUUUCAGGCCAGAGGUACUGAUUUAUUUUUU